AUGGAUUUUUUAAAGCAUGCUGGCACCCAUGAUGUGGACGAAGACAAAUUGAAGAUAGUGGCGAAGACCUUAGCCAGUUCAGCUGCACAGUCCUUGGGCACCCGGCCAGGCACUCCAUCAGAGAGACCACGCCCAGUACUGAGUGUAUCUCCACAGAGCUGGGUGACUGAAGGAGACUCAGUGACUCUAAUCUGUGAGGUUACAGACUCCUCUACAGACUGGACAUUCAGCUGGCACGUUACUGCUCCCUACAGAGAUAAUAAUAGUGAAAUAAGCUAUAAACCCAGGCUUCUUUCAGACAGCAGCGAAGGAUCCAGAGGUUCCUACACUCUCAGUUCUACUGCUAUUGAACACACAGGAGUUUAUGUGUGCAGAGGAAGGAAAAGAAAAAGGUCCUUAAUCACACAUUAUAGUUUUCUACAGCCACUGUGGAUCACUGGUGAAUCUCCUCCAGUCUCUCUGAUCAUCAAUCCCAGCAGAACUCAACACUUUACUGGUCAAUCUCUCUCACUGAGCUGUGAGGACCAGAGACACUCUACUGGAUGGACAGUGAGACGACACACACACAGUAAUAAACUUUCGCAUUGUUCAUGGGCAGCAGUUACAGGAUCUACAUGUAAUAUCAGCUCCCUCUCCACAUACUACACUGGAGUUUACUGGUGUGAGUCUGAAUCUGGGGAAAACAGUAAUCCUGUCAACAUCACAGUGCAUGGUGAGUCUUCACUUGGUGAUGUGAUCCUGGAGAGUCCUGUCCAUCCUGUGACUGAGGGACGUCCUCUGACUCUACGCUGUUUAUAUCGCAACACAAAUUCCUCAAAACUCAGAGCUGAUUUCUAUAAAGAAAGAUCAGUUCUCCAAACACAGACUACAGGAGAGAUGAUCAUCCAUAAGGUCUCAAAGUCAGAUGAAGGUUUCUAUCACUGUAAAUACUCAGAGAGAGGAGAGUCACCAAAGAGCUGGGUCUCAGUCAGAGGUUCUUCACGUGUAGAAGCUCCAUUCUCAGUGCUCAGGCUGAUCAGUAGUGUAGUGGCGGCCUCUCCGUAUCUACUGGUGACAAUCAUUCUGCUGGUCAAAUGUCACAGAGCUCGUGCUCACACUGAUGAAGACAGAAUCGAGAAUGCAGUAAUAGUGGAAUAA